AUCAGAUCCUUCUCAAAUUGAUUGAUUGAGUUUUUUUUGGUUUUGUAUCUAGCACCACCUCCUAGCCAAAGCCAAAGCCAAAGCGCGGAAGAACAUUCAUAGAGUAGUAGGAAAAACGACAAGUGAUCCCAUCCUUGUAUUUGACUUCUACGUGGAUUCGUUGAUCAUCCGUCCCGUCCACAGGAUUAGAUCUUAGAUCUAAUUUGCUUCUGAUCGUUUGUUUUGUACUUGGAUUGGUGCUAGAUUUUAACACACAGAGACAAUGACUGUCCUUAAGACUUUAGUUGCUUGUGUUUGUGUGGUGACAAACCUCGAUUUUAUCUAAUGAUCACUUCUUUUUUUUUGUUUUGUUUGGUGGGAUAAAAAAAGAAGAAGAUGGAAUCCAGCAGAGGAGGAGGAGGUGGAAUCCAGCAGUUGCUUGCUGCUGAACAAGAAGCUCAACACAUUGUCAAUGCUGCCAGGACCGCGAAGAUGGCUAGGCUGAAGCAAGCCAAGGAAGAAGCUGAGAAAGAGAUUGCCGAGUACAAGGCUAAAACUGAGCAAGACUUCCAGAGGAAACUUGAGGAGACAAGUGGAGACUCGGGUGCGAAUGUGAAGAGGCUGGAGCAAGAGACUGAUGCCAAAAUCGAACAGCUCAAGAACGAAGCUUCCAGGAUUUCCAAUGAUGUUGUGGAGAUGCUCCUCAAACACGUCACCACUGUCAAGAACUGAGUGUGAUUUAUCACCAAGUCGCUUUUGAACUGAGAUGGAUUUCAGUCAGACACUCAAAUCUCAUAUUAAAUUUGUUGCUACGAGUUAUUUAUUAUCUGCUCUCUUUUUCGUUCUUGUAAUAUCUCUUUGUUGUUGUAUUCAUAAUAAUGUCUUUGGGGGUUGUAAUAAAAUUGAGAACAAAAGACCUCGUUUAUUUUAUUUUGAA